UGUGAAAAUGCACGAUCGCAACUGCCCUGAGUAGUGGCAGUCGCGGACAUCGUCCAAAUCCGAGGCAGGGACUGCUCUCUACCUCCUUCCACUACGACCAACGCCAAACAAUCUAAGUCAGUGGUGACGUACACAUUUUCCUGCCAUCAAACUCGCUUCGCUUCUGCGUCAAUCCGCCUCCAUCCGACCUCAUUCAUCAUUGCGACGUCCAUCCGUCUUCUUCUCGCCUUCAUGAACUGUAUCAGGCGAGUAGUCAGGAUAUUUCGACGCACCCUUCCCAGAGACAUGAUGUCCAGCAAUGGCGUAACAAAGAAUGCACCUGUCACAGCUUAUACGCCCACACCUCAUGCACUUGAUGCCUUGAUGAAGGCUCUGGAUGACGAUGCCGUCCCUAUAAAGAAGGAGCCCGAGUCUGACCCCAUCUAUCGCGAGCGAUCCUUCAGUUUGGCCCAAUCCAUCUCCUCUCUGGUUCAUGCGCCGACCAUUGAGCCAGAACUCAUCGAGGGAGUGAUUUACACAACCAAGCAAGAGCCCGCACCACUCCAUUUCGUCGAAGAUGCCAGCCUGGUCAACUUCGAUGCCCACCACCAAGGUUGCAGCGCUGUGUCGACGGAUGAGGACGUCAAAUAUGAUUGCCGCAGUCGCGUAAGCAGUAUUUCUGGCAUCGAUUCGGGUUCCGAGAUGAGCCCAAAGGUUCAGCUGAAGCACGAAAUCUAUCUGCCCAACGACCCCAAGUCUGACUACAACACCAUUAUCCGAGGCUCAGACCCCAAGACCGAACCAAAGCUCCCAGUAUCGAACAACCUUGAUUUACCCACGCGUUGUAGCGACAAGGAACUCUUCCGAAGAGCCCAAUCGUCGUUCAAAAGUUACACCGGAAACUUAUACAGUGGAAACUCGUCUAGGUCUUACUGGGAGCAGUUCUUUUGCGAAAAAGCCGAGCUCAUCGAGCAGAAAGCUGAAGAGUCGCGGCUCAGAGAACAACAAAUCGCAGAACACAAAGCCGAGGAGUUGCGACUCAAGGACAAACAAAUCGCAGAGCAAGAAGCAGAGUUCGAGCAGGCAAUUCAACAACUGAAGAACAAGAAAAUGAAGGAAGAAGAGGAAGAACGUCGUCUCAAGCGAGUGAAGGAUGGUAUCGACACCGGGCAUCGUUUGGCUCCACGACGCCAGGUCACCGAGAGUGAAUCAUUCUUGAUCGGAAGAUUGGUUAUUGAGGUACGCACUGCUGAGGCAGCCGCAGAGUUUGCAGUUUGGGCAAAUUCGAAGAUGAACUUUCACGAGAAGCAGGAAUACAACCGCAUGCUGUGGAUCGUAAAUGGGCGAGAGGCCAAAGGCCUUAUGUUGGAGGUCCCUGGUGGCAGUGAGUUGGAGUAUCUUUGGUCUUGAUGACCCGAAAUGGAGUAUCGGCUGUGAUGGAUGAACAUGAACGCGGAAAGAGGGUAGCUGAAUCGAGCUCGCUAUCAACCAAAGUAGUAUACAGAAAUAUCAUG